AUGUGCAGCACGCAGCGCGCGCGGGUGUCGAGGAUGCACCUGACGGGCGCGUCGAGUGGUGCCGUGUCGCCUGACACUAGCUCCACUCUCCUCCACGAAACAUACACGAAGAUGACUUCAGAUAUUCUAGCGGAGAGGACUCUGGGCGAUUUCCUCUCUGAACAUCCUGGGGAGCUGGUGAGGACAGGCAGCCCGCACUUUGUAUGUACGGUCCUGCCCCCACACUGGCGGUCAAACAAGACCCUGCCAGUCGCCUUCAAGGUGGUAGCCCUGGGAGACGUUGGAGACGGUACGCUGGUGACUGUGCGUGCUGGUAAUGAUGAGAAUUGCUGUGCAGAACUGCGGAACAGCUCAGCGGUGAUGAAGAACCAAGUGGCGAAAUUCAAUGACCUCAGAUUCGUCGGCCGUAGUGGUCGCGGUGAGUGC